CUUUAUCUUUGCGCCUGCGCGGUGCUGGAACCCCGUCCAUUUCUCCGUCAGUCUGCAAGGACGUUGUUGUGGAGCUGUCAAGGAGAAAAAUUACCAUGGCUACUAGUUCUUUGACCAAACCUCAGAUGCGUGGCCUUCUGGCCAAGCGUCUGCGAUUUCAUAUUGUUGGAGCAUUCAUUGUCUCAUUGGGGGUUGCAACUUUCUAUAAGUUUGCUGUGGCUGAACCAAGAAAGAAGGCAUACGCAGAUUUCUACAGAAAUUAUGAUUCCAUGAAAGAUUUUGAGGAGAUGAGGAAGGCUGGUAUCUUUCAGAGUGCGAAGUGAUUUUGGAAUGUAAAGAAUUUCUUUGGGUUGAGUUCCAUGGAAGUUUGUCACUUAACCAUUUUCCUGAACUGUGAAACUAUGAGCUCCAAGUAUCUGGGCUAAGAAGUAGUUUCUCUUGAUAAAUAAACAGUUAACAAAUACUGUGAA